GGCAGGAGUAUUGCUGGAGGUACAGGUUAGGUGGAAUAAAUAUUGAGCAUCGGACUGUUCAGUCAGUUUCCGUCUUUGACCACCACGUCGAUCCGGCAGGAUGGUGGUGGUGAGCUCGUUGCCACCACCGACGGAGGGUGUGCGCGUGCAGGAGCCGUCUACGGCGGCGCACCUCGGCAACAAGCCGCUCGGCCCGGGCACCCUGUACAUCGCUGAAAGCCGGGUCUCGUGGACGGGCGCCGAGGGACAAGGCUUCUCGCUCGAGUACCCGCACAUCAUGCUGCACGCCGUCUCGAGGGACACCUCCAACUUCCCGCACCCUUGCCUCUACAUGAUGGUCGACGCGGACAUCGAUCCACAAGACGGGCCGGCAGAUGGCGGCGCCGACAGUAGUGACGAGGACGCGGCGUCGGGCAGCAGCGUGACGGAGGUGCGGUUCGUGCCAGAGGACGAGGCGGCGCUGGACCGUAUGUUCCACGCCAUGUCCGAGUGCCAGUCCCUGCAUCCGGACCCCAACGACAGCGUGUCGGCGGAAGGGGACGAUUUCGAGGGUGACGACUGCGAUGAGGGACCGGACGACGCGGGCGGAGGACUAGCAAACGGCGGUGGCGACGCGGACACCCACCAGCCGAUGGAGACGGGCCAGUUCGACGACGUGGACGAGUGAGGCGCCGCGCCGUGCCGGUCCGUUGGCGUGGCGACAGCGCGACGUUGGCGGGACUCCGUCCGGUCCUCCGUCGGGGCCGGACCGAUCAGACGGUCUGUACCGGACCGGACCGGACACGACACGAGCCGCGGCGCCGGCGCCAGCGACCGCGCACGCCGUCCGGGACGUCAGGACGCGUUGGCCGCGUCCCGCCGCGGCGGCGAUUCCCUGACGAGGGUGCUGUCACCUAACGGCGAUCUCUACGGGCGGGCGGUUCCGCGCCGCCUGAGAAGAACAGAGCGUGGCUGGUGUUGGACGCUGUGAGUCUUCGCCCGCGAUCGGCGGCCGCCCAUUUCGAGGGCGCCCGACACGUGCGGGCCGCGCGUUCGGACUGUUGUCGGCAGGCUCCGCCGUGCUUGUCGCACAUCGCGCCACGCGAUCGGGCGCGAAACGCGAUUGUUGUGUACGUCAGACGGAUUCCUGGCGGCCUCCUGACGCGCGUUCGUCUGACUGGGGUGAUCCCUCUGUCCGUCUUCAACAGGCGAGCAGCGCUGGCAACAUGUUUGCGUUCCCAUCCUCGUCCCACUUGACGGUGUCAUUGUCAUACACAUCAGUAAAGUUGUUCGAUUUGGUCGUCUGGGUGUUGAUUGCUGCUGAAUGAAAGGCAGCCUAAAGGCGCCUUUGCCUGAGUAAAAGGCGCCUAGCGUUGGCAGUGCU